AUGGAGAACCCAGAAGCAAAUCAGCUUCCUGAAGUUGAUUCAUUGCCUGAUGGGUUUGUUGAGAGCCCUGCAGAGCCCCUGGCUCCUCCAACUCCAACCUUUGAACAAGAGAAGCCACUGGACAACCGUGAGGAUGAUAUUGCCUCAGAUAUUGAUCGUUCAAAGGAACCUGUACAAGAAUCGGCUGCAGAUGAGUUUCAAACAAGUCAGGGUAGGGCAGAGAAGACCCAGAAACUGAGAACCUUUCCUGUUCCAUUAUCGGAAACUGAUAGUUCUGAUGUUUCAGUAGAAUCAGUUCAAGUGCCCAAAAGGGCUUCUACGGAGCAGACAGAAGAAGGAGGUACGCUAGUCAUGCCCAACGCAGCUGAUUCUGUUUCUGAGGCUUCGGUUGGGGUACCUGAAUGCAGUGAGGUAAAGGAACAAGUUGAAGCAAGAUGUCAAAGUUCAGAGAGACCGACUGAAGGAGGCUCAGAUGCGUCAGCAGCCAAUGUGAAGGAAACAUCAUCAUUGGAGAGUGUGGAAACUCUGAAAAGCAAAAAGACCGAAUCCACUGAAACCAAACGUAAGAGUGCAAAGCGUACCUUUAAAUCAGAAAAGGAGUUCAUAGAGUUCACCUUGAAGUAUCAACAAGUUCUUGCUGAAAGAGAUUCAGCCAUUUCUGUUCGAGAUAAGCUUGAGUCGUUGUGCAGGGAGUUACAACGCCAGAACAAAGUGCUAAUGGAUGAGUGUAAGCGGGUGUCAACAGAGGGGCAGAACUUGAGAUUAGAUUUAUCAGUCAAGUUCCAAGAUGCAAUAAAGGAUGUGAGCAAUAAGCUAGAUGAGCAAAAGGAAGAAUGUAUCUCUCAGCUAAAGGAGAAUGAAAUGUUAAGAACUAAGCUGCAGCAGCUCACCUAUCAGUAUGCUCUUUCUGAACAGCAAUAUGAACAGAAGUUGAAGCAGAAAUCUCUGGAGCUUCAAAUUGCUGAUUUGAAGAUUAAGCAGCAUGAAGAGAAGUUAAUCCAGGAACAGUCCCAGAUGAAACUAUAUGCAGAACAGGUGUCACAGUUACUAUCAACUGAAAAGAAUUUGCGCUUACAGUUGACAGCUGAUGGAGAGAAAUUCCAACAAUUUCAGGAUGCAUUGUUGAAAAGCAAUGAAGUUUUUGAGACAUUUAAACAGGAGAUCGAAAAGAUGGCAAAAUCUAUCAAGGAACUCAAGAAGGAAAAUUUAUUCUUGAAGAGCAAAUGUGAGAAAACAGAUGUUACUCUUAUAGAACUCGUAGAUGAGCGUGAACGGUUGAAGAAACAGUUGGAGAAAACAAAGAAUCAGAAAGAAAAGCUUGAAUCCUUGUGCCGAUCACUUCAAGCAGAAAGGAAGCAGAACUCCAUCGGCAGCAACAACUCCGAUUCAGUUCCAUCAUGA